AUGUCGGAAGACUAUAUUGCUAUUCUGGUCGUUUCACUUGACGAAUGCUUCUAUCCUUUCAGCCUAAAGAUGAGGGAAGACGAGGACGAAAGACAAGCAAUGUUUACCAGUACGCUCGAAGAUCCGGAGCUCUUUGUGUCGUAUCUGAAAACAUUUCUCCCACGUUUUGGAUGUUUUUUCUGUACCGUCGGAACCACAAAAGUCGAUCCUUUGGAGGUACCGUUAUUCUAUCAAGAACAAUCCCAGAGCCUUGUCAAGGUUUCUGCAAUCGGUCCCAUGGCAAAAGUAUAUUUACGCUAUGGAAGCACGAAGCUACUUGGUCCGCAAUUUGGAGAUCCUGCUGUUCGUAACUACGCAGUCUCUGUACUGGAAAACCUUUCGAAUGAGGAGAUCUGCUCUUUCUUAGUGCAGCUAGUUCAGGCAUUACAGUACGAGCCACGGAUAGAGUCCGCUCUUUUGCAAUUCCUCGUCAACAAAGCUUCGGUGGACCAAUCGCUCGGUUACUAUUUGUACUGGCACAUCAAGGCCGGCUUGGAGGUUGCCUUCUUCGCAGUGAAGCUUCAGUUUGCAAUGAAUGAGUUCCGAAAGACUUGUAAGUCACACGUUAUGACAGCUCUCUCGAAGCAAGAGAAGCUGGUACUCUCAUUAGCCAACAUUGCUCGUGGUAUAAGGCAAGUCAAACAGAAGGCCGAGCGUCAGAAGCAACUUAUCUCUUUGCUUUCGGAGCUCGAAUCUUUUGAAAGCGUCGCGUUGCCGGUAGAUCCCAGGUGUGAGGUCAAUGGCUUGGAACUGACGAAAUGCAAGUACAUGGAUUCGAAAAAGCUUCCUCUCUGGCUGGUAUUCAAGAAUACGGACCGUAGUGUGGAAGAGCACACUUACAUUAUUUUCAAGACUGGCGACGACCUUCGUCAAGACAUACUUACGCUGGAAAUGUUUAGCCUCAUGAACAAGACAUGGCUUAGGCACAACCUGGAUAUGAAAAUGACAAUCUACAGUUGCGUCGCUACCGGCGAUAGUAGUGGAAUGCUACAAGUCGUCUGGAACUCGGAGACUUUAUCCAACAUCUGCAAGGCUUCUGGCGGAGGAGUGGCUGUCUUCAAAGAGGAUACUCUUAUCAACUGGCUCAUGCAUGAAACGCAGACUGGAGAAAACUAUAAAGGAGCACUGGAUAACUUCACGAGAUCUUGCGCUGGAUAUUGCGUUGCAACAUGCUUGCUUGGGAUAGGCGAUCGGCAUAACGAUAAUAUCAUGCUCAAGAGAAACGGCCAGUUUUUUCAUAUCGAUUUCGGGCACAUCUUGGGACAUUUUAAGUCGAAGUUUGGCAUCAAGAGGGAGCGUGCACGCUUCGUGCUGACGCCCGACAUGGCGUUCGUGAUGGGUGGCACACAUGACCCUCGUUUCCGGUCGUUUGAGAUACUCUGUGCUCAAGCCUUCAACCAAGUUCGGGCAGAGGCUACAAAGUAUCUUAAUCUAAUGUCUCUGAUGAUUUCUAGCGGACUGAGCGAAGUCUCCAGCCCCGCAGACGUCCGCUACAUGCACGACAUAAUGCUGCUCAACCUCCCGGACGAACACGCGGCCAAAGAGUUCACGAAAUGGAUCCACGACAGCCUCCACACGAAAUCCACCCAGUUCAACCACGCAAUCCACACUUGGGUCCACAAAUAAUUCCAGAACGAACACAACGGAGGAUCAGCCACAACGAAAAAGACUGUGUUUCGUCACUGCAAUUUCAGAAACACGGACCAAAAUCGAAUCAUCAUCUCCUCCAAACGAAUAAACAAUGGGAAAACUAAAGAGAAAAUCUCUGCUCAGGCAACGAGUGCGUUGUUCUCAGCGAUGGAUUGAAUCCAUCUCCAUAGUCUAACAUGUAAAAUCAAUGGCAUCACAGCAGAGAGAAGGCGCUGGAAGAAGGCGGCGCCCAAG